CACGUACCUGGCCCCAUGAAGCAGUACGAGAAGGCUAGACACGCUAACAAAUGCAUUUUCCCGCGACAAUACGGUCUUCCACACCCUUUUAUAUCGCAAGCACGAACUUGGGAGACACCGUACAGCGUCUCAGAUACGGAUCGGGAGUCACAGAUCAAGACACCAAAGCGCCUGCGGGGAGCUUUAGACCUUGUCGAUAAAACGAUCUGGAGGCACGGAAAGUGCGGCUAUAAAUCAUUGUUAGAUAAAGCGUGUCCAUCGAAGGUAACUUCCUAUCAACAGUAUUGUAAAGUGCGAUCCUCACAUGAGAAUCAUUAG